AAUCCUGAUUUUAUUCUCUUGCAUUUAGGUCAACUUUCCCGUACAAAACCCUAACAGUGGCGCGAGCAAGGUAGCGAGAAACCACCGUUGAAUACCCCCUCCCUCCCGUCUAAUCGGUGAAACGUUUGUUUACACAAGUAUUAUUUAGAUUUCAAGAGGAGCCGCGUAUUUCACGUGAGCUGUGCGUAUAUAGUACAAGGCUGAUAACAUGCCCUGUCGCCCGUCUAGUCUAUUCGCGUAUGUUCGGUCGAUCAGCGAGGCUCGUGCUUCGCACUCGACACCCCUGUACGUGUUAUUCAAUAACCUUUUAUGUUGGCACGUGAGUGCCAUCCAGGUAAUCAAGAGUCUGAUAUACAGGCAUUCAAAAUUAUAGUGUAUUGAUCUGAUACACAAAAUCAUGCAAGUAUCAAGUCGAAGAAAUCCUAGGCCUUUUCAGAAGACUAUGAGUGCUAUCAGUCUUAACUCUGUCCAAGCGCUGGGAUCCAUAGCACUUCCCCAUUCUAUUCGACCAAACGGCGUCGCCUUAUCGGACCUCCCUGAAAACGGAGAGAUAACGUCUUCUGAGCAGUUUUACAACGGUCAACGGCCCCAGUGGCAACGAGCUCUCUCAGGAAGAAAGGUAGAUUGGGAAAGCCUCCAGAGGGCUCUCGUGGGCUUGUUUCAAAGGCAACAACCUAUCCUAGGAGUUGGAGAGCUUUCUAAACUACACGAAACAAUUCGAAAACUUCAGAGCUCAAGUGCAGGUCCCUUUAUUUACGAGUAUUACAAGCAACAAAUUCUAACCAAAGGAAUGAUAAUCGUUAGAGAACAAAUUCGACAAGCCCAAGGAAAGAGUUUACUGAAACGCUUAGAGGAAGCAUGGGAGAACCUCUUUGUAAAUGUCUUGCCUUUAUUGGAAGCAGUUUUGUUCUUGUCAAGACGAGAGGAGGUAUCACUAUUCGACAAACUACACUCGCUUCUUUUAGAGACGUAGUUGUUUUGAAAUUAAACAUUGAAGAUGCCUUGGUCUAUGAGGCAACCGAGGUGCCACCUGGCAUAAAACAUAUGUUGCUUAUACUAUACAACGUGAAUGACUCCUUUCCUCCAAACAAGAAUAAGCUGAGGCUCGAGCUCCUGUUGGCCAGAGUAAUAGUACCUUUCCUAGGAUUUAAGGGUUUGUACUAUGGAACACGUGAGCCACUGAUAGAGUCAUCUGAACCAGAGCUGUUAGCGAGAAGAAGGUCUAGUGAUGGUAGCCGUCGAUUGUCACGUCCGCUCAGUAUUCAGCCUCAUCAAGUUGACACUCUUAACGAAAUGUUCCUAAAUGUUCUCAGAAAACAGCAUGAAUGAGUCUUUUGCCACCAAAAGCAGCAUUCAAAAUGACAGGGAAAUUUGGUAGAAACAUUCAGGUCAUUGAGUGUUCGGGAAUAUCCAGUAAGUGUGCGACAAAGUCAACUUCAAAUUUUUUUGCCAUAGGGUACAGUUUAAUCUACCGUACUUCUACAACCAUUGGUAGAUUUCGACUUUAACGUCGUGUGACACGCUGAUACAACCUGAUCUCAAGUAUUGUCUCAAAGAUAAUUUGCUUCAGUCCAACUUCCAUGUUUUUUUACCCACAUUAAUAGGCUACAACUUUAACGUUGUGUGCCACGCUAAUAUUAACUGGUUUCACGUUCCUUCAUAAUUUGGUUCAGUCCAACUUCCAUGUUUUUACCCUCAUUCGUAGGGCACAAGUUUAACGUUGUGUGCAACGCUGACACAACCUGAUCUCAAGUUUCUUGAUAAUUUGGUUCAGUUCCACUUCCAUGUUUUUACCCUCAUUCGUAGGGCACAACUUUAAUGUUGUAUUCUACGCUGAUACAACCUGAUCUCAAGUUCCUUGAAAAAUUGGGUACAGUUCAACUUCCAUGUUUUUACCCUCAUUGGUAGGUUACAACUUUAAUGUUGUGUGCUAUGCUGACACAACCUUGACUCAACGAGUUCAUUGCUACUAAACUUAAAUAUUAACGCUUCAUACUACUUUAGCACGAUUGCGAGUUAACUUUCCUUGUUACUUUCAUACCUUUUAUUAUCAUCUUUAUUUGUUAUUUGGACACUCUUCAAAAUGAACAUUCAUACUUCUUUAGUAGAUUUCAGCAUGAAUGUUCGUGUCUAGUGUUUUGUUGCUCCUCAGUUUUACUUGCCUCAUUGGUACAAUUCAACAUUAACAUCUCUUGUUGUUUUGAUGCAAUUCAAUAUCAAUAUUAUGUAUUUAUUUAAUACAAUUCAAGAUUGGAGUUGCUUAUAAGUUUGGUGGAAUUUAAGAUAUUUUUUUACCUCUUCAGUACAAUUCAAAGUGAACAUUCCUUGCUAAUUUGAAACAGUUCAUCAUAAACGUCUCUUACUUUGGUGCAAUUCAACAUCAAAGAACCAAUUUUCAGUGACAUAGUCAAAUUUUAAUGCUUUUCAAAACGUAUGUAAAGCUUCUUUUUUGAUUCUAUGCCAGAUAGAUGCUAGAGGACAUCGAUAUUGUUAUGGUAUUUUUAUAAAAAAUUAAUAUCGAGCUUCGUUACAACAUUGAAUUAACCUAUAGGUUUCAAGAAGCAACUAAAAUAUCUCCAUCUGUUAGAAGGAAACACUAGUUGAUGCAUUAAGAGAUAGAAAAACUUGAAUGAUGGCAAAUUAUCCAUUUCUUGGUUUAUUUUGACUUUUAGUAUGUAUUUUCCCAGAGUACACAGCUAUUUGUAAAAUAAUGUUUGGAAUUCGUUAAUGAAAUUUUAACAACUGAGUGACGUCUACCUUUACGUUUUUGUUUUCAAAGGAAUUGAAUAUUUCUUUGCAUAAGUACAUGUAUUUCAGUUUUAGUCUAGAAAGCGAUAUACAUAAAGAUUAAUGUGUAUAUAUUUUCAAUAUUGGGAGAAAAGAGUGGUACAAAGCAAUGGGAAUAAAUUUUCAGUACUAUAUAUAUAUAUAUGUAUAUACACGCAUCUACGAAUUUUCUGUUGUAUAUCAAUGAAUUUAUAUAGAUGUAUUAUUCUUUGUUUUACUUUUUUUUGUACAAUAAUGAUUUUACAUCUAAAUUUCUGUUUAAGUGUUAUUUAAAGAUUAUACCAAUAAAUCAAAACUAUAAAAUGUAUUUUCCUAAAUAUCAGUAAAAAAUCACCAUAAAAAUGCUCUAAUUUGAAAGAAGUGUCUUACUUAUUUUGCCUUAUACUGAACAGUUUGGGUCCGUGAAAGAACAGGUGGUAAUGAUUAACGAAAGGCAACGUAAGUUGCUUAUUAGUUGAAGAACAUUUGGGUAUUGAUGGUUUAUUUGGGCUUAUUGGCGCAAAGCAACGCGGCUGUCUGUGCUCAUUUGGGGUAUCGACGAAACAUCAGACGUAAGGUUUCUGUAUCCUAUAGUAUCUGUUGCAUCAUUUCACAACUCACGAGAACAUGUGUACAUUUAAAGGUUGAAAAUUAAUAAGUUUAACUUGAACUAUGAGUAUGACGUUACUCGUAGUUAUUAAAAAUACUAUUUAUGGCUUAGAACAAGUAAAACUAAACGAUUUAAAAUUGAUGUUGAAUAUCAUAUAUAUAUAUAUAUAAUCAAAAUAUUGUAAAUACAUUGCCAAUUAAUAGGCACACUUAACGUAUUGUUAUAUAGACAUAAAAUUAACGUCAGAACUAAUUUUUUUUAUAAAUUUAUUAAAUUGUAUAUAUUAUGAUACAGACGAAAAGCCUUAAAAUUUUACGAACUAAAUUUUCUGUUUCAAGACAUUUUUGUACAUAUAGAACAACUAUUUUGUUUCUGAUAAUCUAAAAUGUAAUAGAUUUGUAUGAAAAUCACUAAAGAAAAAUGUAUUAGUAAAAAAGUUUUGACUAUAUUUUCACAAAGAAGUGAAGCUCACAUAUCAAAAUAUGUUGGUCUUUAUAUGGAGUGUAUUCGUAUUAUUAUAUUACACAGUUUUGAAAUACUUGCUAAGUUCAAAACAUUAUACUGACUUUUGAAAACACUACUGCUUUAUAUGAUCUGAAAUAAAAGGUGUUAAAAAUAAA